CUUUCCGCACCCAGCCAUGCUACCAAUCACUGCUGAUCGGUCAGCACGGCAGGACCCCCACCCGGUGGCUGCAGACAAUAGCAGCUGCUAGGGAAGUGUAAAUUAACCUCCCAAACCACCCCUGUGUACCUGGUGGCUGUCCUGGCUUUUUAAGUCGCGAUGGUCGCAAUGUUUUCAAUAUUUCAGAUGUUCUGAUGGUGCCUGUUGAUGUUCCGAUGUUAGGGUGGAAAACUAUUUUUUUACAAAUAUAAAAAAUCUUUUUUUUUCUUUAAAAAAUAAUUAAUCAUUUUGGAUAAGAUUAAGUAUAUGUAUUUCACCUAAUUCACUCAUAAAAUCACCAGUUAAGUGGUUAAGAAGAUGCAAUAUAUUUAGCAAAAUUGGAAAUGCAUAUAAUCUAUAUGUAUAUAAAUGCGAAAGCCCUCACUCACUCACUCACUCACUGACUCAUCACCAAUUCUCUUACUUCCCGAUAUGUUAGGAAGCUGAAAUGUAACAUAGAUAUUCUUCAGGUGGGAAAUAGGAAAACUACGUAAUUAGAAUUUGAAUAAACCUCCCUAAAGGGGAUGAAAAUGGGGUUGACAUAAUGACUUCAUUACCAAUACGUGGCUUGCGUUGCGUGAACAAUAACGUCCAAUCGGAUCAACAUUUGGAUUGCACCUCCAAUGUGUACAAUUUAAUAAACUACAAAAAUGAUCCUGUCACUUUUUACCGUAUCUGCUACGGGUGCUCCUCAGGUAACGCCAAGAACCAUGGAUUAAUAUUUACCUACAUUAAGAUGUCUCAAAUUGACAUCUCUAUAGAUUUAACACAUUAUUACCACUCAUUUAUAUGUACAACCGUGAAAAUCAGAAACUCCUGUGUGAAGAACGGAUAGAACAGCUAGUGUAAAAUAUAAAAUCUUUCCUGCCUAACAAGUGAGAAAUUAUUGGGUCUGUGGCUACACUAACUUGUUUGAAGAACGACUACUUUAGAUUCCUGCAUUACAGAUAACAAUUAGCACAAUUUUCUGUCAAUUUUUAAAAUGCUAAAAAUCUAUCCUUAAUGAGGGAAGGAUUUAUUUUUCUAAUCUGUGCAUGAUCUCAAUUACAAAUGAACAUGAUUAUUAAUCAACACAAGUAAAUCAUUCUAUGUGAAUAGACCAAUCACUGUGUUUCUUUUUAUUUUCAGACUGUAAAACGCAGGAUGCAAUGGCUUCCUCCAGUGAUGAGUCUCAGAUUAUUAAAGAUCUGAGUUGCAAAAUAGAGGAAUUGAAUGAACAGAAUUUGGACAGUUUUUGUGAUAAACUGGACGCUCUCCACCUUAUAACUACCCAGGAGUAUAAAGAUGUGUACGAGGCUGUAACCCCAGCAGAGAGAGCUGAGAAGCUGAUCAGCAUUAUACUACAGAAGGGAGAACCGGUCUAUGAGACGUUUCUCCAACAUCUAGAGAACAUGGUGCCCAGGUUCCCAGCACUGGCUGAUGCGUCCCAACACUUACCGGAAAACAAAGAACAGACUUUUCGUACAUUUCUGGAGAUUGUAGAUUUAAAACACCCAACCAUUUCAUUGCUGACCCUACAGGAUGUCCUAAAGAUUGGCUCAGAGAAUCUGGAUGAUGUUAAACUGCAGAAAAUAAAAGAGAUUCCCUGGCACUUUAUAUGGAAGAUAAUGGCAUUGAACAGAACUGCAAUAAAUGCUCAGUUUGAAAAACUUUCUUCUAACUCAGAUCCAGAUGAAAGUGAAGAAGAUAAUUUAUCAUUCACUGAAACUGAGGAUUCAACUCCAAAUAUCCACCCCCUGGACGUGGUGUGCGCUGUCCUGCAUUGCUCAGAGAGUUUUCUACAGCAAGAGAUUGUAUCAAAAAUGUCCAUGUGCCAGUUUGCUGUCCCUCUGCUGCUCCCUGCUGGUGGUGGACCUGAAUGCACCUUCAUGCUGUGGGCAAUGAGGGACAUUGUGAAGAGAUGGAGACCUCAGUCAUUGGCUGACAGUAAAGGGUUCAGAGAAGACAAUGUUGUGAAUAUUUCCAUGCCGAUCUUCUCCUUUGUAAAACUGGGGAAAAACAAACUAUCCAAAUCUAAAAUCCUGAAUCAAGUCCUUAAUCCACCACAACAACAUCACAACUUCUUCAUAUAUGAAGAUAUGGAAGGAGGAAACAGUGAGAGGAAAAUAUCUGAUGGACUUGUGGAAAUUUCCUGGUAUUUUCCUAGUGGUAAGUCUGACGUCUUCCCAGAGCCAAUCACAGUGACUAACCUACGUGGUGACCUGGCGUCCAGCUGGGAACAGUUCACGUUUCUGACCAGAGUCUCAUCGGCUGUGUUUGUGUUUAUUGAGCGUAUCAUUGAUAGAGAAUACAGACUAUUAUCCACCUGCAGUAACACAGACACUGAGUAUUAUCUAAUUCUUACUCCAAGUCCUGGGAAAACAGUAACUACAGAGACAUCAAAACGCAUAAACAAUCUAAUGUCACAGCUAAAAAUAAAAAAACCAAAUGUAAUAAGAAAGUGCAGCACCGAUAACGAUGCAGCACUUGUGAGAAAGAUACAAAACACGAUGAAAAGUGUUUUAAAUAAUUGUCAGAAAAGAAGUUUGGUUAAUGUUAAAGAUGAGAUCCACGGAGAUUAUAUUUGUGUAGAUGAGAACGUGUCUGCAUGUCAGACUGCAAGUGACUAUGCCAGGAACAUUACCUCUGCAAUACAUGAUGUGGCCGAGUAUAAGACCCAAACUCUGAAAUUACAGGGAGAUCUGUGGAAACAAUUGUCAAAAAUAGACAAAGAACUUUGCAGAAUGAUGAAACAAGGCGGGAAAGAUGCACAGGAAUAUAGAAGUGAACUUAUACAGCAACGUAACUCAAUGCUCAUCGAACAGAACAAACACGGCAUUUCCGAUGACAUCUCAUUAUUUAUUAAUGCAAUUACCGAUUUGUCUCAAGCAGAAAAACAUUAUUUUUUGAAAUGGAUGAAAUUUGAGCUGGAUUCAAUUGCAAGAAAUAAUGUUUCUAUCCUGCAGUCUGAAUAUGAGGAGAAAUGUAAGAACACAUCAAAUAAUCCAAAAAAAUUAAAGCAACUAGACCAGAAAAUCUCUGACAGCUCAUUAGGGGUUGAACAUUUCCUACGUGAGCUGGGGCAGGUUUAUGAGGCUGAACGUGCAAUAGUUAAUGAGAAAAUAAUUGCUGAAAUCCAAAAACAAUUUACAAAACUCCCAGGAAUUGCUGCUGAUCUUCUUCUGGAUGGGUUCCCGUUGGAGCUGAUUGAUGGAGAUGCCUCCAACAUCCCCCUGCGGUGGAUAACUGAUGUCCUGACUGAGCUGGACACUAAUACAGGAGGACACUGUAGAAUGAGAGUAAUAACUGUGCUGGGAGUACAGAGUACGGGGAAAUCCACACUUCUGAAUACCAUGUUUGGGUUACAGUUCCCGGUAGCCAGUGGGCGAUGCACACGAGGAGCCUUCAUGACCCUAAUAAAGGUGAAGGAGACCUUCCAGGAGGAGCUGGGCUGUGACUUCAUUCUGGUGAUUGACACUGAAGGUCUGAAAGCUUCUGAGUUGGCUUCUCUGGAGGGCAGUUAUGAACAUGACAAUGAGCUGGCCACACUAGUGGUUGGGUUGAGUGACAUCACCAUCGUCAAUAUGGCCACAGAAAAUGCAUCAGAGAUGACAGAUAUUUUACAAAUUGUGGUCCAUGCAUUUCUUAGGAUGACAGAAAUUGGGAAGAAGCCCAACUGCCAGUUUGUACAUCAGAACGUGAGCGAUGUGUCAGCUCAUCAGAAGAACAUGAGAGACCGGAAGAAACUUCUGGAACAGUUGAAUGAAAUGACUAAAGUCGCUGCUGAAAUGGAGAAGAUAAGUGGAAUUGAAGCUUUCAGUGAUGUGAUGGACUAUGACCUAGAGAGACACACCUGGUACAUUCCUGGACUGUGGCAGGGGGUCCCACCAAUGGCUCCGGUAAAUUUUGGGUACAGUGAAAAUGUCCAUGAACUAAAAAAGUAUUUAUUUGAAUUUUUUAAAUCUGAUCACAAGCAAUGCCGGAUCCCUGAGUUUAUUACAUGGAUAGAAAGUCUAUGGAAGGCAGUUAAACAUGAGAAGUUUAUCUUCAGCUUUAGGAACAGUCUGGUAGCAGAAGCCUAUAACAAGCUGGCUGCACAAUACUCAAUGUGGGAAUGGGAAUUCACCAAAUCCAUACACAGCUGGGUGAUGAGCACAGAGACCAGUAUUAGGAACCAGUCUGCUGAUAGGCUGGAUACAGAAACCUGCGCUCAGUAUAGGGACGCUCUCCAACAGCUGCUAAAUCAUGAAGAAGCAAAAAUGGGGGAACUGCUGGGACAAUACUUUGAGAAUAAAUCUGAUAAUAUUCAUCUCAUAGAAAGAUACAGAGAAGAUUUCUUCAGAAGUAUAACAUUCCUAAAACAAGAACUACAAAGGAACGCGCUCAGCAAGGUCAAUGAAGCUGUUUCUAUUCAGAAAGCCAAGUUCAAGUUACAAGAUAUUCAGAACACAUUUCAGAAGAAGAUUGAAACAAAAAUCACAGAUCUUCUGAGAAGCUACAGAGAGAGGAACCGUAAGCUUGGGGACCUGGAAGUGAAGGAGGAAUUUGAGGCAAUGUGGGAGAACACACUGUGUGACUUACAGAUGGAGGAGUUACCGAAAUGUAACGUUGACCAGCCAAUGCUCCGUCUGCUGAGAGAGGACAUGAAUGAUAAGGGUGGGUGGAUAAAUGAAAUCCUGUCUAAAAUGACUAGUUUAGAAGAUUAUAGAGGCAGAGAGUUUAAGAUGGAUAAAAAGUACAUUGAUGUCUCUUGGGGAAAAUUCAGUACAUGGAACUCACUGAAAUGCAAUCCAGCUUAUAUUAGUGUAGAAAACUAUGAUAAGGUUGGAGACCUUGCGGCGUCUUUGUUAUAUACAUGUAAUAUAUAUGCCAUAGAGAAAGUAAUGUCCCGUGAUGACUAUAAGGACACUUACUGCCAGGAAUUACUACACAUGAUUAAUGAUAAAUUAGAGGAAAAAAGCUGUAAAAAGCUGCAUUUUUCCCCACAGUUUGUGCUGGACAUUAAGCUUCUAAUCCUUGGAAGAGCAUCUCUGAAUUUCCAGAAAAUGCAUGAUACUUAUAUCCAAGAAAAUGACCCAAAGAUCUGUCUACAAAAGUUAAGACCUCAAUAUUUUUCCACAUUUAGAAAUGUAUUUCAGGAGAAAGACGAGUGUCAGAACAGAGCAGAAAUAUUCUGCACACUAUGCCUGAAACCAGCACUGACCGAGUAUAUUCUGAGGCAUCUCGGGGAGAAAAUCUUGGAUGAGAUAUUACACAGCUGUGAUAGUACAACGUUUAGCAGCAGAAGUCAUUUCCAGAGAGCUGUGCUGGAGAAGCUACUGAAGGAAAACUCAUUCCAAACCUAUGUGACAUACAUUAAUUCAUAUGAGAGAUUUUUAAGAGACUGGAUAUUUCAGUACAUUGCAGCAAAAUACCAGAGUCGAGAGGCUUUGAGGGCUUUACAAGAAAACAUUUUAAGGGUGAUCACUGAAAAAAUCCAAGAGGUCCUUACAAGUGAACAAUAUUCAAACAUGGAAACACUGUCAACAUUUUUGAAGAAGUUCUGUGAAUUAUUCAAGGAAAAAUUAGUUAUUUCCCAGAAUGAUAUGAAAGUGAUCACUUUCCAUAAUAACACAAAUGUUGGCCAGUUCUCUCAGGACAUUUUCUACUAUCUGCCCAGCAUACAAGUUCAGAUCCUGUCAGAGGUGGGAUCACUGGACAUUGAGACUGUACUAUCCAGGGUCACACUGAAGCCUCAGGAUGAGCUGUGUAAGAAGGUGAUUGGAUGCAAUCAUCAGUGUCCGUUCUGUAAAGUCCCUUGCGAGAAUGCAGGAGGUGAUCACAAGGAGCAUUCCGCCUCUGUCCACAGACCUCAGGGAUUGGGAAGAUGUCUAUGGUAUAAAAAGGACACUCUUAUCACCGACAUAUGUUCUACUCUUGUUGUAUCACAGUCAGGAUUUAAAAAUUUGGAUACCCUUGGAAAGUUUCAACCUUACAAAAAGUAUCGUACAUAUUACCCAGACUGGGCCAUCCAACCCGACGCCAGCAUCAAGUCCUCUGAUUACUGGAAAUAUGUUUUUGUGCACUUUAACCAGCAAUUUGCUGAAGAAUAUAAAGCAAAGCCAACUGUGUUGCCAGAGGACUGGAGGAAAAUAACAAUGGAACAAGCUUUGGAAAGUCUAAAGGAAGCUUUUAAUACAAAGUGACAAAUAUAAGUUUAUAUUUGUCUUAUCAUUUAAACCAGACAAGUAACUAGAAAUAAUGAUAUAUAUGUCAGAUCCCAAAUGCACCAAGUAUACAACAACCCAUAAAGGUCAAAACACACCCAAGGUUUUUACAUAAAACCAAAGAUUUAAAACUCCCUAGUACAAUAAAUGUAAUACACUACAAAACACAUUGACCAAAAGCAGUACUUAUGAUUUCCUAUUCUCAAACACACGCUUCAACCAUUGAGCAGUGUUUCCUCGGUUCUAAUGCUCCAGGUUUUAAGGAUAGCUGUACUUCUACACCAGUAUUUUAAUGAGUACCUCAGUGAUUUUGAUUUACAGAUGGCGCCCUGCUCAUCUAUCGCUUUAAUAGUAUACUGAGCCAGUGCUGUCGGACUUAAUCCCCUGCUGUAUUGUUCUCUCUGUAUUGUAUUGCAGAACAAUAGAUGAAAGGCUUAUGCUAAUAAACCUUGGUGCACCUAGGCACAACAGGGAAGGCUAGAUUAGCCAGGCUCCAUCUGUAGCCAUCUGUGCUCAAACAUGGAUAUCCACAAAACAUGGACUGUGAGUGUGCCUUGGGGACGAAGGCUGGGAAACACUAAACUAGAGGAUGCUGAAUUUUCUCUGGUGCAUGGUCUCUGGUACACGCCAGCCGCCGCAGCAGCAGCAGCAGGGGACUGCAGGGACGGCGGCUGGAAGCUGGCGCUCAGCCAUGUGACUCGCAUCCACCCUGAGUUCCCCAGCCAGAUGGGGGCUCUUACAACGGAGCCGGAGCUGUCAGGAGUUGGAGGGGAGCUGUGAUGGAGCUGUCAGGAGGGGAGCCGGCACUGAGGCAGGUAUCAGAAUCCCAGACAAACCACAGAUUAUCAGGGCUAAUAGGAUAGCCCCGGGCGAUAUCAUUACCCGCUGUAAUGUACCGCGGGUAAUCGGAUAUCUCCCUAUGAGCUACUCUAUCACAUAUUUUUUUUUACCGGAGAGGGAACACGGAUCCCUCUCCAUUGGGCCAGCACUCAUCAAUAACUGUUACUGUGCUUCCAACUUUUUGCCUGGAUGUUCCCUCGUCAGAGUCUGUAUCCCGACAAGAGAAAUUCAAGUGAAAAUAUACAUUUAUGCUUUGGGACUUUAUAUGUUCUCAUCAUAGCUGUAUUAAAAAUGUUGAUUGUGAUAAAAAGGCCCCUGAGUCUUUGCAGUGGCAAACGCAGGAUUUCUAGAGGGGUGUUUCCAAAUGCAAUCCACAAUCUCCCACUGAGCGGAGCAUUAGAGCAAGAGCGGGAGUCUGGGGGAGCGGUAGAAGAACCCAGUAACGACCAUGGACAUUAAAGUAAACAAUGGUCUUUUUAUAUGCUGGAUACUAUGUUAAAUACAGUAUUAAUAUUUCAAACUAUAGAUUGUCUAUAGUAUAGGCUGUAUCGAACAUGUUUAAAUCAUAUAAAUAAGAUAAGUGGUCAGGAAAAGGUUAAGCAUACCAUAAGAAAUAAAUACACAAACAUAAUAGAACUUUCUAAGCACGCAUUCUCCCACCUCUUGGUAAGGUUCCUGUCUCUUCUUCCUGGUAGCUACUCUCCGGUCCAGUGCACUGAUUCUCAGAUCCACACACACAGAAAACUUGGUAGAAGAAUCUGCCACACUGGGCAUGUGCAGCAGCUCUGCUCUGUCUCUUAAACUGCAUGAUCUGGCAGCAUUUCUGGUAAUCAUAUUAUAUACCAUUGCUAUUGUUGUCAUAAUUUUAGCCACUUGACAAGAGGAUGGGGGUUUCCGUGCGUCCGGAAACCCCCCCCUGCGUUUGCCUAUGCUUUGGCUUGGAUCUGUACAUACUUGCUCCGGACAUACAGUGGGCCUUGUUGUGCUUCCUAACAAGUGAUCCCUCUACUAAGAAUGACUGUGAUAUUACUGACACAUUUUAUAACGUUCCCCAUACUGUAUUAUACUGAGACUGUUUCAACACAAUCAUUGCCAUAAAUCUCUUCUUUUCUUUUCUCCUGCCACAUGCACGCCUAAUAUUAUAUUCACUUUCAGUUAGCUGAUGCUCCACUAAUAUGGUACAUAGCGGUGCUAUUACAGAUAUAUAAUAUUCUAUUUGUUACCAGCUUACUAAUGCUUUUCUAAUUAGCAGAGCCAUAUGAAGAAUAUUCGUUGAUCAGUCAUCUCCUAGUUUUACCUGCAUAACUAAUAAAAAGGGGUCUAUGUACUAAGCCAGGGAGAGAGAAAAUAUAGCCAAUCACUUCAUAACUGCCAUGUUACAGAAUGUUUUUGAAACAUUACAGGAUAUGGUUGGUUGGUACUUUAUCUAUCUCCACUUUAUCUCUCUCCAAAGGCUUUUUUGCAUCUGCCCCCAACUUACAAUCACUUAGGCAUACAUAGCAGCAACUUCUCACUCACUAUCCACCUGCCUGAAGAAGCAGAGGACACCUCAGUGAAACGCGUUGCUUUUGGACUCUCAAUAACAGUGACAUUUGUUUUAUUUCAUUAUAUGUUUUGAUUUUUGAAUUUCGUUAACUUUCACACAAUUUUUGACACAUUAAUAUUGUUACUGGGUUUUUUUUGUUGUCAGUGAUUGUAUCUUCCAAUUUUGAAAUUACAAAUUCUAAUUGUAAUUAAUUGUCAUUUUUCUGCGAAAAGGAGUCAUAUACUCCAGGACAAACACUACACUGAUCCUUGAUGAAUUAUAUGUACCACGGUCUAUAAACAGGAGUCUGACUCCAGAACUGUGUAUUAUUUUAUAUAAUAAA